AUGCAUGGUGACUUUACGCAUGAAACUGCCUUCGCCAAUGCCAGCGCCUGCACCAGUUUUAUGGUCACUGGCAUGCUUCCGAGGAAUCAUGGGCUGUCAGCAUGGGCAGGCCAGCAAGGAGUCUGUCACUAUGGAACCAAACUGGCCUGCUGCCACGGCUGGAGAAGGAGCAGCAGGGGAGGCUGUGAAGCUACAUGUGUCCAUGGAUGCAAGUUUGGAGAGUGUGUGGGACCAAAUAAAUGCAGAUGCUUUGCAGGAUACACUGGGAAAACCUGCAGUCAAGAUGUGAAUGAGUGUGGCUUCAGCCCUCGGCCCUGCCCUUACAGAUGUGUGAACACCCACGGCAGCUACAAGUGCUUUUGCCUCAGUGGCUACAUGCUAAUGCCAGAUGCCACUUGUGCGAACUCUAGGACAUGUGCCAUGACAAGCUGUCAGUACGGCUGUGAAGACACAGAAGGCGGGCCUCAGUGCCUAUGCCCAUCCCCAGGACUCCGCCUGGCUCCCAACGGAAGAGUCUGCACAGAUAUUGAUGAGUGUGCUUCUGACAAAGCUGUCUGUCCCUACAAUCGAAGAUGUGUGAACACAUUUGGAAGUUACUACUGCAAAUGCCACAUUGGCUUUGAACUGAAAUAUGUCCACAGAAGAUACGACUGUGUAGAUAUAAAUGAAUGUGCUGUGAAUACACAUAUGUGCAGUCUCCAGGCCAAUUGCCUCAAUACCCAAGGAUCCUUCAAGUGUAAAUGCAAGCAGGGAUAUAAAGGCAAUGGCUUUCAGUGUUCUGUUAUCCCUGAAAAUUCUGUGAAGGAGAUACACAGAGCCCCUGGUACCGUCAAAGACACAAUCAAGAAGCUGCUAGCUCACAAGAAGAAUGUGAGAAAGAAGGGGGAAAUGAAAAAUACGAUCCCAGAACGCACUGGGACUCCUGCCCCUAAGGUUCACGUACAGCCAUUCAACUAUGAAGAGAAUGUUUACUGGAAUGGGAAUUCUAAUCGAGGGGGGAAAGGGCCAGAGAAGAGAAAGGAAGAAGGAUAUGAGAAAGAGAAUAGAGAGGAGAAAGCCCUGAAGAACCACGUGGAGCGGGAGCAAAGCCUUCGAGGAGAUGUGUUUUCCCCAAAGGUUAACAGAGCUGAUGAUUUUGGUCUCGUUCUGGUCCAAGAAAAAACUUCCACCUCCAAACUGCAACACACAGAUUUAAAUAUCUCAGCUGACUGUAGCUUUGAUCAUGGGGUCUGUGACUGGAAACAAGAUAGAGAAGAUGAUUUUGACUGGAAUCCUGCUGAUCGAGAUAACGCUGUUGGCUAUUAUAUGGCAGUUCCUGCCUUGGUGGGGCACAAGAAGGACAUUGGCCGACUGAAACUUAUCCUCCCCAACCUGCAGCCCCAAAGCAACUUCUGCCUGCUCUUUGAUUAUCGGCUGGCUGGGGACAAAGUGGGGAAACUACGAGUAUUUGUGAAAAACAGUAACAAUGUUCUGGCAUGGGAGGAGACCAAGAGUAAAGAUGAACAGUGGAAGACGGGGAAAAUUCAGUUGUACCAAGGGAUGGAUACUACCAAAAGUAUCAUUUUUGAAGCAGAGCGUGGCAAGGGCAGAAGUGGUGAAAUUGCAGUAGAUGGUGUCUUACUGGUUUCGGGCUUAUGCCCAGACGGCCUUCAGCCCGCAGAUGGAUGA